GCAAUAUCGCCGAGAUGGCUUAAAGAACGUCAAGGCAGGAUUACUACCUCUUUACUGUAUCGUGUGGCAGUAUGCAGCACUGGAGCUACGAGCCUUGCGGCUGAAAUAAUGGCAUAUAAAACACCUCAAGUUGCCAACUUGACGAUGGGGCUCCAGAAAUCGGAGAAAAAAUCUAAGCAUAGUACAUUGCGAGAGCUGCAGUCAAUGCGUAUCUUCAAACAGAUUAAACGUGCAAAGGAAACAUGUCACUGCAAUGGCACCGAAUCAGGAAACAUUGUCGAAUGCACAGUGUGUCAGGCAACAUUUCACCUGAAUGAGAUCCUGCUCUAG